GCCUGAGGGGCAGCUGAGGCAGGGAAAACGGUUGGAUUGGUUUAGGCGAUUGGAUUCCUUGGACUUGCCCCCUGCCUCCCGCCCCCACGCCGUGCCCCGGGAAAGCACCCUCAGGCUUGGGGCCUUCCCCUGGUGGCAGUUUUUAACACGGGAGCCUUCCGCAUCCGCACUGUUGGUUCUAAAGGUAAGGGCACUCUGGCGCUCCAGAAAUCAACCCCGGGACUCAGCUUGGAGCUGGGCUGAUGGGAGCUGAGUUCUGUCUUGUUUGGGCAGUGCGGUCCUCUGAGGUACGGAUUGUGGCCCUACCUACACGGCCUCCACUGCUUACCAGGAGAUGAGACUGGGAGAGGAGCAAAAGGGAUACCGGGGCGUGUCCCAUUCACAAGACCUGGCCCACAGAAUUCAGGCAAGGAGUCGGCAAAUAGGGGAGCACUGGUCCGGGAGCGCCAGGUCUGGCAAACCGGGAGCGGAGGAGAAGACUGGGGGGUCGGGGGAGCGCAGUACUGGACUGCUAGGGGCGGGGGAGAGCCCAGCCCUUCCGGGCUGAAGGGGGGGAGGGGUCCCGCGGUAGCCCCGCCCCGAUCGUCUCCUUCCUGGUCCCCGCCCAGCAAAUCCCCGCCCCUCGCUAGCGACCGGCGGUUGAUCGCAAUUGCUUGAGCUCUCCGCGUUCUUCUAGCGCUGCCUUUUUGGUCUCCACGUGGACAGGCCAGUGAUGGCGGCGCUGGCGGAGUGCGUGGCGGCGGAGCCGGGCAGCCGAAACGGCACUGGUAGAGGUGGGUGCUACUACGCUGCGGCCUCCGGACCUCGCAUCGCGAGUUAGGGCCCCCAAGUCAGGAACAGAACCAUCUCCCGCUAAUGGCGGCGGCCUUUCUCCGCCAGACCCGGAAGGCCCCGCUGUCGCUUGCCCCGGCGGCUUUCGCUGGAGCACAGAGGGACCGGUCUUCCUUUUGCAGCCUUAGGGCGCGAUCGGGAGCAGCGCUUCGUAGGAACUUGUAAUCCUCAAACCGGAAACGCUGCCCGCUCUGCCUUGGCUGGCACAGGGGGACUCACGGAUAAGGCGGACCCGAUGGGGAAGGAAAGAGCCGGGCGCGUUGCAGCGGUCAUCCCACAAGUGGGCCCACAGGGAAUGCCUUCAGGAAAGAGGCACAUGGCUUCAUUCACCAGGCACUUACUGAGCGCUCACUAACUGCCAGGCCCUUGCUGGAUGCAGGGGACAACACGACAGCCUUGCCCUCACGGGUCUCCGUCUACCGGAGACUACUGAUGUAAACAGAAGGUCACAGACACGUGAUAAAGGAGGAGGCGCCUGACUAGUCCUGGGGACAAACUGAGCUAAGACCAGCAGCUCCCACACCCCAACGACCACAAGGGACUUGCCUUGUCAGAGGAGCUUCUGUGAGGGGCCCAGGGUUCUGGACUGGUUGUUCCAAGGCCUUUGAAACAACUGAACAAAAACGAUGGUAGUGGUAACGUUCAAAUAUGGUCUCAGGAUCCCAGCCUGCCAAUGCUAAUUCUCCACUGCACCAUCAUCACUACCAUCAUCCACCCACAGGCAGAGGGUGAAGGGUCAAAUCUGAGAGGAUCCCUCCCAUAGUAGUUAAGGGCCCUAGCAGAAGUUCUGGCACAAAGUACAGGUCGAGCCCCUAGGGGCCGCCUGGCCAAUCAGCUCCCCCCUGAGAUCCUGAACAACCCCCAGCUGCAGGCAGCCAUUCAAGUCCUGCCUUCCAACUAUAACUUUGAAAUUCCCAAGACCAUCUGGAGGAUUCAGCAGGCCCGGGCCAAGAAGGUGGCCUUGCAAAUGCCUGAGGGCCUUCUCCUCUUCGCCUGCACCAUUGUGGAUAUCCUGGAAAGGUUCACGGAGGCUGAAGUGAUGGUGAUGGGCGAUGUGACGUAUGGGGCUUGCUGUGUGGAUGACUUUACUGCAAGGGCCCUGGGAGCUGACUUCCUGGUGCACUAUGGCCACAGCUGCCUGGUUCCCAUGGACACCUCAGCCCAAGACUUCCGGGUACUGUACGUCUUUGUGGACAUCCGAAUAGAUACUACCCACCUCCUGGAUUCUAUCCGCCUCACCUUUCCCCCUGCCACUUCCCUUGCCCUGGUCAGCACCAUUCAGUUUGUGUCAACCUUGCAGGCAGCUGCGAAGGAGCUGAAAGCUGAGUACCGUGUGAGUGUCCCACAGUGCAAGCCCCUGUCCCCUGGGGAGAUUCUGGGCUGCACAGCUCCCCAUCUGCCCAAAGAGGUGGAGGCUGUUGUAUAUCUCGGAGAUGGCCGUUUCCAUCUGGAGUCUGUCAUGAUUGCCAACCCUAGUGUUCCCGCUUACCGAUAUGACCCAUACAGCAAAGUCCUAUCCAGAGAGCACUAUGACCAUCAGCGCAUGCAGACCAACCGCCAAGAAGCCAUAGCUACAGCCCGCUCAGCUAAAUCCUGGGGCCUUAUUCUGGGCACUUUGGGCCGCCAGGGCAGCCCCAAAAUUCUGGAGCACCUGGAAUCUCGACUCCAAGCCUUGGGACUUCCCUUCAUGAGGCUGCUGCUUUCUGAGAUCUUCCCCAGCAAGCUUAGCCUACUUCCUGAAGUGGAUGUGUGGGUGCAGGUAGCAUGUCCACGCCUUUCCAUUGACUGGGGCACAGCCUUCCCCAAGCCACUGCUGACACCCUAUGAGGCAGUGGUGGCCCUGAGGGACAUAUCCUGGCAGCAGCCCUACCCUAUGGACUUCUACGCCGGCAGCUCCUUGGGGCCGUGGACAGCGAACCACGGACGGAACCGGCCCCCCCAGGCCCUGAGCCCGCCAGCGCUGGAGAAGGAGGAGGCCACGCACCUCUCUCCAGCCGGGGCUUGCGACGGUUGCAGCUGCAGAGACGACAAGGGAGCACCGCCCGCUCGGUGAGACGCUCCUCGGUCUCAGAGCCCUGCCUUCCGGAGGAGCAGCCCCGAGGCUGGUGGUUUUCAGAACAGGAGGCAGACGUUUUCAACGCCCUGAGCCAGCCCACAGUGUGCAGAGGUCUGGAGGAAGCCUUGGGAACCGUGGCACAGGCACUGAAG